AUACAGUCAUGGGUCUCAAUUUGUUGCAGAGCUUGCUUUUCAUCAGCCUCGCCACGUCGUCGAUGGCCAUGCCCGAGUGCUACAUCAGUCAAAUUUCGCUUGCGCUCAAUCCGAUUUUCAGAGGGAGUGCCUUCGCCGAGUGCGCGGCCAGCCUCCACGUUGACGUUGCAGUGAUUGCGAGUCCGACGGCCAGCUUUACGGAGGGUCAAUUUCUCCGGUUCCAUGCGAGCAACAACUGCGCUGUGGCCUACAACCAGAUGACAGCGAUGUACGCGCUCAUGUCGCCCGAAUGCUCGAUCAAAACGACGCCACGCCUCAUUUCGACCCAGACGCGAGCACAGCUGACGUGGGAAAGUCUCACAUUCGACAGCUACCUCUCCGUGUUUGGCAAUGGCGGCGCUCCAGAACCCACGACCGGCAACAGCUCCUCGAACAGCACCAACAGCUCGGACGCUCAGUACAUCGCGCCCACGCCGUCUCAAGGCCGUCGCAUAAGUGCUAUGAGUGCGAUUUGCUUCCUCGUAGUUCUUCUCGCGGCCAUAGUGUAGACCCACAAUCAUCAAACCUUUGUAACUUGCAAUGUCACC